CGUCAUACAUUAAGUUUAGUGUGGUCGUCUCCUGUAAAUAAUAUAUCUCAUAGAUGUAGCGAUACACUGUAUUAUUUCACACAUUUCUCGUGGAGAAUAGGUGUAUUUAAAUGUUUUUAGUACACUUAGGAAGGUGGCAGUCUUCUGCCAGCCUUCUUGCUGUUGACCGGCUCGCUAGGCUAACUUUAGCGUGAUACUUAGCUGGUUAGGAUAGUAGCAUUAGCUGUCCAUUUAGCUAAUCAGAGGUUAUUACGGGAGCAGUCUAACCUGUUUUCAGAAGCAUUUGUCUAACUGGAAUGGACUUCGAAAUGACAGCCAUUUGUAGCCACUAACCGAAUUCACGCAUAUCAAAGACCACAGGUCAAGGUUGCCUUGACAUUGGAGCUUCUGCCUAGCAUGCAGACAUGAGCUCUGCCCUGUGGAGCCAGGAGAAGCCCAGUGGGGGCUUCAGGGAGGACUGGCGGUUCUACAUGGUUGUGAAGGAGUGUACAGUGGAGAAGCCUCCCCAGAAGACCCUGAGGAUUCCCCGUGGCAGUCUUGGCCAGGCCUGUCAGGAGCGCAACAGCCUAGGAAGAACGCUGCCCCCAUGCAAGGGGAAGAAAAGUCUCCGUAUUCUGGACCAAACCAACGUGGUUUUGAGCCUGGAUGAGCGGGACGAGGAAGGUCGGGGUCAAGGCUUCACGGAAGGCACCUACCAGGGCCGCCAGCUUUUCCGCUGUGAGGAUGAAUGUGGUGUGUUUGUAGCCUUGGACAAGCUUGAACUGUGGGAGGAUGAUGAUGACGAACCUUUGGGUGAGCUGGAGGUAGACAAUAUCGGUCUGGUGGAAGAGGAUCAAGACUUUCCUCCACUGGAGAUCAACUCAAGGGUCCUGGUGCAGACCAGGGAGGGACCAGAGAGAGGCACCAUAAUUUUUUGUGACCUGCUACCCGGCAAUGAGAGCUUGGGGUACUAUGUAGGAGUUGACAUGGACAAUCCUAUCGGGGACUGGGAUGGUGUGUUUGAUGGAAAGCUGCUGUGUAAUUUUGCCAGUUUGGAACACACUCGACUUGUCCCCAUCUGUGACGUAAUGCCAGAAUAUUCCAUGCAGGACCAAAGGCUCCAAAAGCACAGUUUUGCCCCCAGAGGCCCGGCCAGUGACAAGUCGUCCUCUAGCCAAAGCAAACCAAAGAGCAAAGGAUUAGGUCAUCAGUGUGGCAGUAGAAGCAAGUCUGAGUUUUACUAUACUUUAAAUGGCAGCUCUCUUGAUCCCCCAGCCCAGCCCAAAUCCAAAAGCACAUGGUACAUUGAUGAAGUUGGGGAGGACCCCGCCAAGUCACUUACUGACACACCCCCUGACUUCAACCAGUCCUCUCCACCAUCCAGGGCCCCACCCUCUGGCUCACUGUCCAGCGACAACAAAUUUCACUCGCUGCCCUUCAGUCUCAAUCGUAAGCCUGGGCCUAUUGACAGCAUGAGCCAUGGACCCCUGUCACUCUCUGUUCAGUCAGUGAUGGGAGAGCAAUCAGAGUCCCCUUCUUCUGCUGCUCCUCCCUCACCACGGCCUUCAACACCUCCUCGAGGACAACCAGGUUUGGAGGUGGGGUCUCUGGUAGAGGUGAAAGAGAACCCUCCUCUGUGUGGUGUCAUCCGUUGGGUGGGUCUGCCUCCUGGCCUACUGGAGCCUCUGGCUGGUCUGGAGCUGGAAGAAGAGUGCCCUGGUUGCACUGAUGGCACAUUCAAAGGCACACGUUAUUUCACCUGUCCCCCUAAAAAAGCCCUGUUUGUGAAGCUGAAGUGCUGCCGGCCCGAUUCCCGUUUCCCAUCCCUUCACCAUUCCUCCAACCCCAUAGAGCGCUGCAACUCCAUUGCAUUUGGGGGUUACCUGAGUGAGGUUGUACAUGAGAACACACCUCCACGCACAGAAAAUGAUGGCCUGGAUGUCAUGGUGGGAAAGAAGAAAGGCAUUCAGGGUCACUACAACUCCUGCUACCUGGAUUCAACCCUCUUCUGUUUGUUUUCCUUCAGUUCUGUACUGGACACGGUUCUGCUGAGGCCACGAUCAAAGACUGACGUAGAAUAUUACAGAGAGACUCAAGAGCUGCUGCGUACAGAGAUAGUCAACCCUCUUCGCAUACAUGGAUAUGUUUGUGCCACUAAAGUUAUGAAGCUAAGAAGGAUCUUGGAGAAAGUAGAAGCUGCUUCUGGAUUUACAUCUGAAGAAAAAGAUCCUGAGGAGUUCCUCAAUAUCCUUUUCCAUCACAUACUGAGGGUGGAUCCGUUGCUCAAGCUAAGGUCAGCAGGUCAAAAGGUCCAAGACUGUUAUUUUUACCAGAUCUUCAUGGAUAAGAAGGACAAGGUCGGCGUUCCCACCAUCCAGCAGCUCCUGGAAUGGUCUUUCAUCAACAGCGACCUAAAGUUUGCAGAGGCUCCUUCCUGCCUAAUUAUCCAAAUGCCCCGCUUUGGCAAAGACUUCAAAAUGUUCAACAAAAUUUUUCCCUCCUUGGAACUGGACAUCACAGAUCUUCUUGAAGACACUCCAAGGGAAUGUCGUAUCUGCGGAGGCCUGGCUCUCUACGAGUGCCGAGACUGUUAUGAGGACGGGGACAUCACUGCUGGCAAGAUUAAACAGUUCUGUGAAAAGUGCAAUACACAGGUUCACCUCCAUCCGAGGAGAAAAGCCCAUCGACACGGCAAACUGUCCGUUCCCAAGGAGCUACAAGAAAGUACAGGCCGUCAGGGCAGUUUUCCCCGCCAGAGGAUGGAGCUGUUCGCCGUGCUGUGCAUCGAAACCAGUCACUACGUGGCCUUCGUCAAGUACGGCAGCGCAGAUUCAGCCUGGCUCUUCUUCGACAGCAUGGCCGACCGCGAUGGAGGGCAGAAUGGUUUCAACAUCCCGCAAGUUUCUCCCUGUCCGGAAGUGGAAGCCUACCUGAAAAUGACCCCAGAGGAGCUGCACACCCUUGAUCCCAAAAGCAUCCAGGGCCAGGCCCGACGCCUCCUGUGUGAUGCUUAUAUGUGCAUGUACCAGAGCCCGACGAUGAGCCUGUACAAGUAGAACCCUCUCCCAAGACCCCUACCCUCCUGCUCCUUAGUCACUCCACCUCCCCAAGGCAGAAAAGUUCCAGGAAGACCAAAAAUUAAACUAAAAGAAGAACGGCUGCCUGCCAGUAGGGGCACUGUCCAGAAUUAAUCCUUUCCCCUCUUACUCUCCUCAAUGCCUGUUUGGUUCUGGAGGCUGGAGAGAUGGAAGAAAGGGGGAGAAGCCUAUUUGCACUGUGCAUUAGUUGAAGUGUUGUGUUCUUCAUGUAGUCCUAUGUAGCUUCCCCGUGUCUCACAGCUGAGCAUUGGUAGUGGAUGAUGAAGCAAAUGUAGGCAUUAUGAGGAAUCACUCCCUGUUGAGGGAGGAAAGAGAUGAUGGGUGGGAGGGCAUGUUGCGUUGCAGUGACUGACAAAACAUGUGCAACAAAAACACAAUGAACUAGUGGGAAGACCUUGCUCACCUCAUUUACCUUAAGAAAAGAGGAGUCUUGCUAUUCUUAAUCACUGAAAAUGUUGGGAGCUUUCCAUAACGCACAUUAAGGAAGUAAUGCAGUGUGCAAAUCCUCAUCCAACCUGUACGCUUCUGUGUAAAAUACCUAAGUAGCAUAGUCUUGGUAGUAACAUCAACAGUAUAGAUGUCAACCUACUGUGCAGCUGCAUCAAAACCAGACUCUUUGCUCUUUGUGAACAGGUUUGCAUAAUUUCCCAUCAAACUGUGUAAGUGUCUUUACAGUAUGUUUUGCAGAAACAGAUGUAGCCAUUGUAAAAGUCUCACGUUUUACUGCAUACUUGCAUAACUAAUGCUGCAUCUUUUACUUCAUCCCCAAGCGAAUCUAUCAGGAAACAUUUAGGUUUUGUUUUUUAUUUUAUUUUCCUCCCCAUUUGAAGUCACAGUGAGUGCUAAUUUGUCGGUCGGGAGACAUCGGUUUUGUGUUACAGAAUACAAAUUUGCUCCUCUGCUCUAGUUGUAAAGAAUGGUCUGCAUUGCUAAUGCAGUGUAGAUGCCAGAUACAUUCAUGAAGGGGGACUUGUACAAUGGCUGCUGUUGUAAAGCUGAUUGGUGGAGCACUCCAUGCAUUCAUAGGGUCAAUGAGGUGAAAUACUGGAAAAGUCUGACUGUUUUCUUUAAGGUAAGUGUGUGUGAUGUGAAGAAUUUCAUAUGCAGUGUUUUUAAGUCUGUCACUCAUUGUGUUGAUGAGUAAAACUAAAUUAUGUUUUAUGUUUACAAAACCUUUUCUCUGCCCAUCAUGGCGCAUUGGAUAUCCUAUGAUUUAGGUGAAGCAGGUAUUGACUCUCGCUGCCUUUAAUGAAAGUGUAACUUGCAAUAUUUCCAUCCAGGCACAAGAUAACAAAACAAUUGUGAUCAAAAUAUUAUUAUUUAUUGUACUUUAAACAUAUUACAAACUAUUCUCCCUUUCUAAGAAAAAGAAACAGGGUUCAUGAAAGUGCACGUUUUGGGUACUCCUUGUCCUCUUACUCUAUAUGAAGUAAGUUUUUGUCAACAGCAGCUACUACUGAAUGUUCAUAGUGACACAUGGAACAGUUAACAGAUGAUGGGAAAUGAAGAGGCACAAGGCUGGUAACCUUGACACAUCAAUGUAUGUAAAGAAAAAAAAUAAAUAAAAAGAUGAUCCUUGAUUCCAUUAUAUUCCCAAAAACCAAAAGCUUACCAAUCUAAA